UAAAUUCCUAAGCAGAAAAUAGUUGCAUACGUCUUCGUGAUCGGAGUCGGUGCUGCCCUUCCAAGGCUUCCGCCCUCUGCCGCUUCGAUCUAAUGGCGUCGAAGAAAGGACUAGAAGAUUUCGAUGCAGUCUUCGGGGAAGCCACGCCGGAGUGCGAUGCGGAGACGUCUGCUUUGGCAGCCGCUGCGGCCCGCCCUUUCCUCUUCUACGCCCACUCCCCCGAUCCCUCUUGCCUCGAGGUCGUCGCCACCGACUUCCACUCCCACACCUUUUCCCGCUUGUUCACUGCGCAUGACCUAGAGGACCUCAGAGAUGACAUUGGGAUUGGUGGCUCAUGGUCUGAAUUUAUUGAUUACCUCAAUUCUUCUCUGUCUUAUGGAAAUGUAAAGCUUAUUUUGGGUUCUUCACAUAACAGAGACUCUGGGACCGAUCAUGCAAACAUGAUAGCUUUCAAGUCAAAGGGAUUGCCUCGCAUAUCUUUAUCUCUCAGCAAAAUCUCAAAUGAUCAAGCUAUCGAUGCAAUAGCAAAAUUGUCUCUAUCACUUUUCAAUGCAUUCAAGAAAAAAAAUAGUGAUGCCCUAAAAGAGCAAGAACACAUUUCACGGUUAAUGGGAUCCCUAUCUUCAGAGAGGGAAAGGAGUGAUAAUCUGCAAAAACAACUUGAAUCCCUUUCAUUUCUGAGCAAACGGAAGACACCUAAGCUGAAGUCAUCCGAUAUUCUUGCCAAUUCUGAAACCAUCAACUCUGAAACAACAUCAAAUUCUGGAUUGCAACAACCAUUGGAGAUUACUGCUAUCAGAGCCCCUGAACCCAUCAAAAUUAAUCACCGAGGUGUUCCACGGGGUCCUCCUGUGCCUAACAGGUCAAGAGUUAGAGGUGCUUCAUUGCAAACUAGCAAGGAUGAUGCUGAUGACUAGCACACACGCCAUAGCUAAGUUGAUUGCUUGACAAAUUGUAGCAUUGUUUUCUUGGGCAUACUUGAAUUGAAUGCUUGCAAUCUGUAUAUGGGCCAUAAUUUAGAAAGGUUCUUAGGAUAUAUUUUCCCUAUGUGAAGCACUUUAAAGUUGUUAGUGGAAUUCUGAAUCAUAUGCCCAUGGGUGGAUUUAGAAAGAACUUAAUCGAGCCAAUUCUAUCCACUAUGUUAAGAGAUCAUGAGACGAAUAUUUUUGAAGGUUGAUUUUCGCAUGGAAGUUUUCCAUCGGAGAUUAUUGUAUACUGAAUUUAAACUUUAGUUGUAACUAAAAAAUUUUCUUUGAUA